GUAGCUUUUCCUUUUUUUUUCCCUAUGAACGCUGUGGCACUGAAGUAGAAUGCAUUAUGAUUUUAUUGCAAAGAGUUACACUAGAAACUGCUAUCAUGGACACCAAGCGCAAAGUAGCAAUCUUGCGUGCCGCUUCCUAUUCAUCCCUCACUGACGUAUAUCUUAAAAAUACAAAAUGAAUGAGCUGACCAAAACCUGUGCUCCUCCUAACACGAAACGCAGCGUUUAGACAUGAACUCCCAGGUCCAUUCAGACUAAUGCAGCGCCUGUCUGUAUCGUCAUAGCGCCAAUAAGGUAUUAGUUAGGGUUCGUAGUCUCUGCCCUCACUUGUGGUCUCUGUUGUCCCCAUGGUGACAAAACAGUAUUGACCAAGCAAGAACGUAAUGUGGGUCUCUUAGUUGGGUAUUCGUUUGUUGCCAGUUGAAUUUUCACAGUGUGCCCAUAUAAUCGUAUGUAUUUUGCUUUUAGUGCGAAACUGCAUCCUGAAAGUUUUCGUGAGUGAUUUGCCUUUUUUUCUGCAAGAUGCCUAUAAAAUUUCGCAGUAAAAAUGAAACUUACAGUAACGGUCUUCCGGCCAAACAGAAAAAAAUUCAUAAAGCUACGUCGCAAGUGCACCUCACAAAUGCGUCUCAGGAUUUUGGUUUGAAGGGUUCAAAUAUGCAAAUCAAUUUUCGAAUGGGCUCAAACCGCGUCUACGAGGCGCUUUCAAUCGACAAACCUCUAUCGAUUUCGGGUUGUAAGUCCGAGGAUUGUCUGCACGCUUCUCUCCGCCGCGAGACGUUGACGACGCGAAAGAUUUUGUCGGAUCGACCAGCAACAGCUCUUCUAUCCAAACGAAACCCUUACUCUUCCUUGCACCGCCAAGCGACAAGUAGUUCGUCUUCUCGAGAAGACCGUUCAGCGAAGCCGCAAAGAGACUGGAUUCCACCUCCACACACCAGUCGUCAAUCGUGGUCCAGCAGCAUCGAUAGUGAGCUGGCAACUGUUGGCAGUUACGAUACGGCAACUGAAUAUAGUCUCGAAGAUAAACAGUCCUUUGCGGUAUUUAGCAGCGCUUCCUGUGACAGCCCCGAACGUCUCGAGCCCGACACUUCGCUGCAAGAUAUCAACGAUCCGGUUUUUGAACAGGAGACACCAGCGCAUAACUUCAAAAAGCCAAUUAUAUCCAUUAUCAACCCAAGGCAAUCAGGCACAUUCCAGCCUUUGGAUUGCAUGCAGUAUAAUAAUCACGAUGCACCCACAAAAAAUGAAACAGAUCCUAGGUCUCAUCGGUCUGAAUCUUAUACGAUUAAUGACCAAUCACAAUCAAACAACAGGCAAUCUGCUGCGUCCCCUACACCGGAACCUAUGACUGUACAAAACGCCAAUUGUAAUCCAUGUACAGAGGACAACAACCUCCAACGCCCAUCCGCAGUGGCUGACGUUAGUGCGCAUGGCAAUAUUGCACCUGUUUCUGCAGCACCGGAUGCAUCAAAUUUAACCGACGAUUCAGUGGAUGAGAUGAGUAGUAUUCGCAGUCCGUCAGGUGGAAGCGAAAAACCAAUACAUCAAUCAUUUCAAAUUGUCACGCAAAGGCAGGAGCCAGAACAAAAAAACGAAGAAACAAGGAAAGAUCAAUUAACUAAAAAGGAAAAUAAUGUGUUGUCAGACAUAUUAAACUUUCUAGACGAUGCUAAUAGUGACACACCAGUUUUACGGUCACCACUUCUUGUAAUAAAUUCAGAGACGGAAUCAAAUGCUGAAGGAGGUUUUAGAAGAGCCCGUUGCGAAGGCGUCUCCAGGUUACACGGCAUGAGCAUGGCUGAGUUAAUCGAAGAGGUCCUAAGUCUUCAGAUGCUAGUUGAGGAUAAAGACAAUAAAAUCUUGGUUAUGGAACGAGCUCUCCAACAUCAGAGAGAACUUUUGGCGCGCAAUGUGAAAACAGCCAAGCGUGAACUGAACUUGCGUUGUAAAGCUCAAAAGGAGGAAUACGAGACGAAUACGAGUCGCAACUUUCAGUUCAUACAGCAGCUUGUCGAGGAAAAGAAGAGGCUGGCUGAAAAAUGUGAAUCGUUGGCCGCCGAAAUGCGUCAGCAGACCGUCAAAAUCGAAAACGAAAAGAGAAUGAGCGACGAAAGGCAUAAUGCCGAAAUCCGUCGAUUAAAGCAGGCAUUGGGGAAAGAUCAACGUUCUCAUCAAGAGAAAUGGUUGGCUGAUCGAACUGAACACAUACGUGAAGCAACGGCAAGAGGGCUAGAGCCAGAGUUGCGGCGACUUAUGAGUCAGCACCACACCGAGUUACAGAGCCUGCGCUCUAUUCAUCAAGAAGAACUCAGUCGGAUUGAGCAGACUCACUUGAACAAAACUGCUCAACAACUAAACGCGCUUCGAGAGAAAAUGGACAAUGAUCGUGAAGAAGCCUGCGCCAAAGAACGUGAAAUAAUGCGUGCAAAAUACGACAAGCAAUUAGACGAAAUGGAGGCUAUUCACGCGUCGAAAUGUCAGCGAAUGCAGAUUGAAAUCGAGCGGGAGAGGGCUCGCUGGAGUGAAGAAGAGUCCCGGAUGAAGGCCCAGGAUGAUGAAAGAAUGCGUCGUCUUGAAGAGAAACGCCGAAAAGAAAAUAUUGCAGCUCAGCAGUUGUUACAGGCGGAAAUCGGGACGCUCAAGCAGCAACAUGUUGAGCAUCUCGCUCAACUGAGAAAAAAUUGGGAAGAGGAAAAGCAAGAGGAAAUUAGAGCCAUAAAGCACCAUUUGGAAAUGGAUUCCAACGAACGUGAAAGGCGGCUCCUGGAAACCCAAAGAAAAGAGCGUGAUGAAGAAGCACAAAAAUUGAAUUCUCAUUUUUCGGCCGAGCUCAAACGGCAACACGAACAAUGGAGAAAAAUGUCGGAAGAGCAACUGGAGCGCGUUAGGGAAAAAAACGCGGAAGAAAUAAGUAGAUUAGAUCAAGUUGAAUUCGAAUUGCGCAACAAACUGGUUGAAAUGCGACGUACCUUAACCGAUCGCGAUGAAGAAUUGGCUGCUUUACGGCUGACCCUUUUCCAGAUCGUAAAGGAAAACAAAGAUAUUAAGAAAACGUUAGAAAAAUUUUCUGCGGAGCGCUCGGAUCUAAGGAAAGUUCUACAGAAGGAAUUGGACGAUGAAUUUCUUAAACUGAACGAGGAAAAGAGGGAGCUCCAAGAAGAUUUUAGCCGGCUGAAAUCCGAACACCGCAUAGAAAUAAACAAAAAGAUCUCGGAGAUAUCAAAUCUGUCCGCUACGCAUGAACAAAUGCUAGGAGACAUCCACGAAAAAGUUAAACAAGCCGUUGCCAAAAAAGAUGACGCAUUGGCACAGAUGCAAGAAAAGCUUAAAACUGCCAUUUCCCGUUGUCAGCAUCUGGAGGAAUUAUUAGACCGGCAACAAAGAGAUUUGAUAAUACGGAAAAAGUGAGCAAUACUGGCGAUCCAGGAUAUGCCUAUACUGUAGACGUGUCGUGCGUCUUUUUUCAACACACCUUACCGUUAAAACGCCGUCCUUCUUGCCCAUCGCUAUUUUCAAAGUGUUAGCUUUUCUUCGUUGCAUUAUGUUUGGUGUUCUAGCCUUAUAAAUCUAAAAUGUUUCCCGAAUGGAAAAGGAAACACAAUUUGCAACGUUAGGACGUGCAUAUUUGAGGUUUUCGAUCAAACUCGACUACAUAACUAUUUACUGGAAUGCAGCCUCAACUCCUCGGCGUUCAUAAAUUGAAAAUUGGCGCAGCAUAAUAUUCCAUCUGAAGCGUGUUAUAUUUCGAGAUGAAAAAUGCGUUUAGUUUUCAGCUUGGAUUCUAGUGGGACGCUCCUGGCGACGUAAUGAUGUGUCCAUCAUUGAAAAGCUCUGUACGUUACAAUAAAUGAAAAGGGAUGUUUGAUUUUCAAAA